AUGUCAUCCGAGCUUGAAGUAUUGAAACAACGUAUCACUGAACUUGAAGCUAAGAACGCCAAGCUUGAGGAUGAGAUCCCCGAUCUUAGAAACAAGCUCUCAGUGUUUGAUGCUGAAAUAGCUAAACUUAAGCGCAGGAAUGUCGAGGCUCUAAGAGCGAAUGAGGAAAAUAAUGAGAGGCGCGAUGCCAAGGUAAAGAAAUUAGAGGCAUCUAAUAAUAAUGCGGUCAUCAAGUUAUCGGAAGAUAAAAAACCGGAUUCUUUCUUAGAUGAAGUGCAUAAGGAAAAGGUUACUAAUGAGAAUAGGCAGAGGAACAGGGAAAAGAAAUUAUUGCGUGAAUCAUCUACCAAGGACUUAUCUGGGGAUGUGUUCACUAAAGUGAACCCAACCCCUUCUGAUGUAUUUGAUUUUACCAUGGAUAGAUCCGAGAAAAAACAGCCGGAAGGCGCUUCGCACAUGACGGAAAUUUCGCUGACGGGCUGUGAGGAAAAUAAUGACCAAGAAAAGAUAGAGUCCCAGGAGGGCCUAGCAGAGUUAUCAAGUUCAGACGUAUUGCAAAAUAUAAACCGCUUAUUUGAAAAUGCAUGUAUUGCAGAAAAUGAAAGGUUAAAGGCUAAUCAAGCGGAAAUUCUGUGCUGGAGAAAUUUUAAUAUAGGACUAGAUAAUAGUAUAGAUGAAAUUAUGAUCAAAGAAAAGGUGGGCACGAAAAAGGCCAAAGGACUGAUUUACGAUUUUAUUCUUGCACAUAUCCUGACACCAAACGAAAAACUUAUAUCAACGCAUCAAUUCAACACUGAAUUACCAGGUGAUCAGGAUGACUCUAUCAUAGAUUCCGAAGAGGAGAUUUCGGAUGAUCAGACUAUUGCAUCGGAGGUAGUUUCAGCUGAGGUAAACAUAUCAACCACACCUAUUCCUUUAACAAACGUUUCUAAUUCUUCAGGUUCGGUCAAUACGCCAUGCCUGUCCUCAUCACGUGAAAAAGAAAUCAAGAUAAAUGUUCCACCGAAAUUUGAGGAAAGUAUUCCGACCAUGCCUAAUAAUUAUGACGAGACAGCUAAAUGGGGUGAGAUAAAUGAUUGGAGUACACCAUACGAGGAUGAAUAUAGAGGAUAUUAG